CGUUAUUUCCUUACUGGCUUACUAGCAAUCAGUUGAAUUCUCGCCUCGCACCACGAGACAGUCCGCCUUUGCAACAUGCCGGGAGAUACCAGGCUCACCCGCCUGCUGCUCUCCUCAGCGAUCAAGCGAUGUCGACGACGGUCAGGCCAGAUCCCGUCUCCGAUUCGCUAUCGAACGAUGCAUGCUCAACAGCAGGCGGACGCCGGGCUAGAACUAGAAACAGAGUUUAUCGAUGUGGUGCCAUUCAGACCGCAAAUGCAAGCCAACUCGAAGCAUUCAGCCGUUUCUCAUCGGGAGGCGGAUCCGGUUAUGACCUCUUUAUCGGUCGAGGCCGAACAUGAUAUUUCCCAAGUGGAACACAAAUUUCCUCUCUACACAGCUGAGCCCCAUUUCAAGCUCGAAGAACGAAGGGAAACCACAGCUCUGCCCGAACUAAAAGGUCCCCUCUCGAAAGAGCUCUUGCAACUGGAACACGAUAUCCCCCGGCUCGUCAAACAUCUCAGCCAGAAGCAAAAGCUCGACAUGUCCGAGACUGAGACUGAACACCUGCCCGAAUGGACGGAAGAACAGUUGAUCACCUUCUACCACGCGCUGGAGAGCUGGUCGGCUGGUUCGGCGGAAGAGUCGGCUGCUAGGCUUAAAGCGAUAGGGUCAGGAUCGGCGGAACAGAAGCGGGGGAUAGCGUCUCCUGAAGUGGAAGAGAGUUUGAUGGUGGCAUCGCAUGAGAGACCAAGACUGGGUAGGCAGGCUCGGAGGGAGAUCUUGUCAGGACUUGUGGAGAGGCUAUCUGCUCUGGGCUCAGAAAAUGGCAACGUACCGGGACCGUCGACUCAGACUUCCAUUCACCAGGCGGGGAGUGAACACACCCACGAAGCAGCAGCUAAGGACGAUACGAUGAAGGCAGAGCGAGUCGCCGGUUGCGAUAAUACUGCUCUUGAAUCCGCACCAUUGGAACGACGGGCUUUGGAACUGGUUACAUAUUUGAUGCCAAAAAUCAACACGUCUCAAUCUGAUCAGUGGGCGGAACCCCUUCCCACAGGUCUGUUGAGGCAGGUGGAAUGGGAUGUGUUGGUGAACAAUUUUGUCUCGAAGGGGGAUUUCGAGGGGGCAGCCAAGGUACUCGACGGGAUGAAGGGCCACGGAGUACCGGUGCCAGAGUCACGUUUCGAGGACCUGAUGAGAGCUUAUGCCAGGAACGGAGACGCUGUUGGCUUAGGGUCCUUCUUGGAUCAACGGGAAAAGUCGACGGGAAUGGAGACUUCGAAGAGACAUUUCGAGUUCAUAGUCGAAGCCCACCUGGCUCGCGGGGACAAGGCCGCUGCCCUACAGACACUUUAUCACUUUGAGAAGAACGGCAAGACUCUCCCGCAACGAGCUUAUACGAGAGUUAUAUCAUUUUAUACGGCUGGGACGACCCGAUCGACCAUCUCGCCUACACCACAACGCGACAAGGCCAUCGCCUGGGAUCUCUUUGCGCAUAUGCGUCUCGUCGCGCAUCCCGUACCGUCGAGAUCCACCUACAACGCCAUGAUUCUGUCGUGUGCAGACCCUCAAGACCCUCAACCGGAAAGAGCGCUAGACCUUUUGGUUGGGAUGGAACAAGAGAGCAAGCUCGUCCCGGACGGCGAGACUUUUGAUGCUGCGAUAUUAGCAUGCUCCCGUACCAAGAGUUUCUACCUGGAAGGCUUCAAGCUUUUGAGACGGAUGCUUGGCUUACACCAGAGCGCGAUGCUUUCCAGAAACUUCAUCAAUCAAUCGCAUGACUCGUCGGCAGAGUCGUUCGAAGUUGGCAUCACCGGAUACGAACCGACUUUGACUACCUUCAACGCUCUGCUAGAAGGUUGCAAACGCAGAGGUGACCUGAGUCGAACGAGAUGGUUGCUGGGGGAAGUCAUCCGGCUCAUUAGAGGGGGCGCCGGUCAAGGCGUGGAUGAGGAGAUGGUGGUUAAUGUGCUGCAUUGCUAUGCUGCCUUCCAACCCGUCAUUGGCAGGGAGUCUAUCAAGCAGACGGGGUCUCCCUCGGAUGCAGGAGAGUCUAAUGCACCUGCCAGUGAUGAGAGUCCCGAGGCGGAAGAGGCUGGAAUAAUAUCGGGCGACUUAUCCACUCUGCAGGAUGCCCCUCCGAAGCCCAUGACAUUGUUCGACGUCGGUUCGCCCGAAUUUCGCCCACCGACUGGUCCCCAGACAGCCUCGGAAACCUUGUCAGAAGCCGAGAGACUCUUCCAGCUGGUCUUGCAUGACCAAGGUGAUCGUUCUUCACCCUUUGGCUGGUUUAAAGUCUCGGCGAGGACCGUCAACGCCUACCUGUCUGUGCGGUUCGCACACGACAACUUUGCACAAGCGAUCCGAUGUUGGCAGACAGUUUGGGAUGAGCCAGUUCUCAAAGACUCGCAGGUGGUGAAGAACGGAUGGUCAUUCAUCAGCUUGCUCGAGCGAUGUGCCUCGGCCAAGCAGGGUGCAGAAAGGCAAGCAGUUGCCAGGGUAUUGGCGUCUGUCUGGCGGGAAUAUCUUGGAUGGGUAGACCAGGUCGAUCGACAACUUCGAGUUGAGACUCCUCGGGCCGCUUGGGUCACGCGACAACAGCUCGGUCUGGGGCCGCGGCAGGUGGAACGGGCCUGGAUGUUUUGUAUCAAGGCGCUUGCACUACUUGAUCGGAAUCGCGACGCUCUGGACGUGCUUGAACAGUUCAGAGUGAGAUUCCCAGCAUCGGACAUCGUCGACAUCAGUCACACAGCUUUUGAAAGCGAAGCCCGGACGCCUUUGACGCCUCAAAUCCGCCUGUCUUCCGGUACCAACGUCUUGGAAGAUCAGGUGCCGCCCCAUUUAUUGUUUCACGACAUUAGCAUCCUGCAUCACAGGCUAGUUCGCGAUGGUGAUCUGCAAGGAGUGGGCUUGCUGAAAUGGGUCUGCGUAAGCUACGAAAAGGCUCUCGAGACAAGGAGAAGCCGGCGAUUGCGGGGCGACGGCACGAAGCGACGAGCAGCUUCGAAGGCCCGCGAUGCCGCUAGCAGCUGACAAGUCCGGCUAGCUCCUUUGAUAACGAAAACGGCGAGGCGGACAGUGCACUAGCGAUCUAUCGCUGCUUCGUUUGUCAACAAGGAUACGAUGAAUGCGGGAUUGGGAGCUUUAUUGCGAG